AUGUCUGACAUAGCGUCACUGGCAAUGCUGCCUGCCGAGUGUCUGCAGUACAUCAGUUUUCAGCUCGGGCUCCUGUCGGCAGCAGACGUCCGCGCCCUCAAGCUCUCUUGCCGAGCCAUCAAUGCCAGGCUGACCGGCAGCAGCUACGUCCAGGCCCUUCACUACGCGCUCAUGGGCUUUGAGUGGACAGUCACCCACGCCUACUGGAAAGCUGCUCGCAUUGCUGUCGCCCGCCUCCCAGCCAUGAACGACAUGUACGAUGGCGACGUCGUCGGCCUUCUUGCCCGUGUCCUCGCCUACCCGGCCGCUCCGCUCGUCGCCGAUCCAGAGAUGGCCGCAGAGUGGCGUGCCGUUUUUGACACUCUCUGGGCCCAUCCAGCACUGGCGCCGGACUCGGUCCAGCUCACCCGCGACGAGGCUGGCGAUCUCGCCGACGUUGCCGACAACCUCCGCCGCCCGCUUCACGACCUCGCCGCGCUGUACGACCAUCCCGAGGCGCUCGCUGUCAUCUCGUCGCGCCCAUAUGUUGACUACCGUGCCAUCGCCACCAUUAUGGACUAUGCCGCGUGGCGCGGACUUGAUGAAGUCAUCCGCGUCGCCGCAGAGUGCGCGGCCGCUAACCACAAUCUUGGCAUCGGCGACGCCCAAGACAUCUUCAUCGCCGCCCUAUCGGCCGCCAUUCGCUCCAACCGCGCUGCGUCUGCCUCGCUCAUUCUUUCCUACGUCCCUGACGACGUCCCGCUCAUCGGACCGCUCGAGGAGGCCGCCUUUGAAGGCCGCCUCGAGGUUGCCGCCGUCAUCGUCGACUACUACAUCUCCGAAAUGUGCUGGGUCGGCGGCGUCCAGCCGCGCCAUUUUCACGACUACCUCGCCGAGGCAGUCACCGCCCUCUGUGUUGCUGCAGAAGAGGAUAACUACGGUAUGGUCGAGAUCCUCCUCCGCAUCCCAGGUGUCGAUCGUCUUGAGGCCCUCAAGGCCGCCUACAUUGCCUCCGGCGGCGCCGUCACAGACGUAAUCACACUACUCCUCGACACCAUCGCCGGCCUCGAGGCUGGUCAACUCCCCUCCUCGCCGCCGCCCUCGCCGCAGUAGCUCUAUUCGCGGCUGGUGUGGGCAAACAUGGCCCCGCUUCUCGCUGCAUUGGGCCCCAUCCCGGAAGCAACUCCCCUCCUCGCCGCCGCCCUCGCCGCAGUAGCUCUAUUCG